UUAGAUAAGUUUAAAUAGUUCCUUGUAUAUAAAGUACCAUCUCCAUAACAUCCAUAACAUUCCAGGCGCAUAGCGAGAGCUUUAGUGCAUCGAGCUGUUUUUUUUACUUAUUUUUCAAAUCUUUUUGUUGCUGUAAAAAUGUGUCCAACAACACUUUCUUAUUCUUCCAAUUCUUGCAUUAAUGCAAGAAAUGAAAUCUUUUCAUAUCAAAAAUGCAGAAGAAAGUUACUAAUAAGAGCUGAAGUUCUUACAGUUUCUCCUAAGAAGAAAGAAAAAUCCAUUGAUGAAUUGUUAUCAGUACAAGGAAUUGCUUACACUCAUCGACGCAUUCGCGAAGUUGUUUGGAAGCAAACACAUGUUGUAAAUGAUUUGUUGUGUUGUAGAAAUCCAAGUUUUGAUCCUGUGUUUCUUGAUGAAGCUUAUGAACUAUGCAGGAAGAUUUGUGCAGAAUAUGCUAAAACUUUCUACUUAGGGACUAAGCUGAUGACUGAAGAGAGACAAAAGGCAAUAUGGGCUAUCUAUGUAUGGUGCAGAAGGACAGAUGAACUUGUUGAUGGCCCUAAUGCUGACUACAUGAACAACUCAGUGCUUGAUAGAUGGGAAGAAAGAUUAGAAGACAUUUUCAAGAACAAACCUUAUGACAUGCUUGAUGCUGCUUUAACAGAUACUAUUUGCAAGUUCCCUUUAGACAUCAAGCCAUUCAAGGACAUGAUAGACGGAAUGAGAAUGGACACGAGGAAAAGCCGGUAUGCGAAUUUCCAAGAGCUGUAUAUGUAUUGCUACUGUGUGGCUGGAACAGUUGGCCUAAUGAGUGUACCAAUAAUGGGAAUUGCACCAGAAUGUCCUGUUUCUGCUCAAACUGUAUAUAAUGCAGCACUUCAUUUGGGCAUAGGGAAUCAACUUACUAACAUCCUCAGAGAUGUUGGAGAAGAUGCAUUGAGAGGAAGAGUUUAUCUGCCACAAGAUGAACUUGCACAGUAUGGAAUACGCGACGAGGACGUCUUCGCGAGAAAUGUGACAGAUCAAUGGAGAGGAUUCAUGAAGGAGCAGAUCAGAAGAGCAAGAUUUUACUUCAAUCUUGCUGAGGAGGGUGCUUCUCAUCUUAAUAAAGCUAGUCGUUGGCCAGUUUGGUCAUCCUUAAUAUUGUACAGGAAGAUAUUGGAUGCAAUAGAAGAGAAUGAUUAUGAUAACUUGACAAAGAGAGCUUAUGUUGGAAGGGCUAAAAAGUUGGCCACUUUACCUGUUUCAUAUGCUAGAGCUCUAUCAUUGCCAAGUUUGGCCAUUCAAUAGACAAAAAAUACAAGAAAAUAGUUUAAUGAGGAAGAAAAACUAUUGUAUAUUAAUAUGGCAGCCCGGUGCACUAAAAUGCACGGGGUCUGGGAAAGGGUCGAACCACAAGGGUCUAUUGUACGCAACCUCUCCUUACAAUUCCUGCAAGGGACUGUUUCCACAGCUUUAACCGAUCACAUGAUAACAACUUUAUCGAUUAUUCUAUUGUAUUGAUAAAGAAAGAAAUAAUAUUCUCUACAUAGCUUGGGUAUCAACUAUUGAAUACUUACAUAGGCUUUUGGAUAGGCUUUUUCGGUCAACUAGUACACUUGCCGAAGAAAGAGACUAACAAAGCGGAAUACUUAUUUAGAAGUAGACUGAACACCAACUCAAUCUCGAAAAACUGAAGAGAAGCACAACCAAAGACGAAGCUACAAGUUUGUCUUGAAUUUGCAAGUAUAAAUAGAAUCAAGUCAUACACACAUGUUAUUGUGUCAUGGAAGUUUAUUAGGUUAGAUUCACGUAGACAAAACAUGUGAACUUCAAAACAUACCAUGUGCAAAUCGCAAUUAUAUAACCAACUCCAA